ACAACACUUGAGACGCUCACCCUGAUAAAAGUUAAGUCGUAUUUAAAGUUGUAUCAGCUCAUUCACGAAAAGAGCUUUGCACAGAUCACGUGGGACAUAUUUAAAAGGUUGUGACGGGCUGCACCUCUGCAACACAAAUCGACAACAACCAAUCCGGACGGGUGUGAGGGGCGGUGACGCGUCCGGCAGGACGGGCGGAGUUAUAACCAACUUUCACGCCGGACCGGAGUGAGCGACGGAUAGAGAUGUGUUCAGCCGAACCAGCUGACCCUUUGUAAGGGUUAAAGUGCUUCUAUUUUUUCUUUUUUUUUUAUCCUUUGAUAACGUUUAUAGCUCUUGGCGCGGGCUCAACAUGAUCCGCUUCUUGCUCCUCUUCAGUCGCCAGGGGAAGCUGCGUCUGCAGAGGUGGUUCACGCCCAUAUCGGAACGUGAGAAGAAGAAGAUCAUCCGGGACAUGACCACGAUGGUGUUGGCACGGCAGCCGCGCUCCUGCAACUUCCUGCACUGGAAAGACCUGAAGGUUAUUUACAAGAGGUAUGCCAGCUUGUAUUUCUGCUUGGCCAUAGACAACCAGGAGAAUGAGCUGAUAGCCCUGGAGGUUAUCCAACGCUACGUGGAGCUGCUGGACAAAUACUUUGGCAAUGUGUGUGAGCUGGACAUCAUCUUUAACUUUGAGAAGGCCUAUUUUAUCCUGGAUGAGUUUCUAAUUGGAGGGGAAAUACAAGAAACCUCCACGCAAAUAGUGAAUCGCGCCAUUGAAGCCUCCGACAUGUUACAGGAGGAUGACAGCAGUGAGUGGUUUGAGGUGGAGCUGUUUGGAUGACCAUGAAUAUGGACAGAAAGACCAUGGAAGAGUACAUGAGCAAACCUGCAUUUUAACCCGCGGGACACAAAGGAACAGCGGAGAGGGGAAUACAGGAACCAGAUGUGCUGUAUACGAGUCAAAGAAGUUUCUGGAUAUGUGAUUUUCUUUUAUUCUAUUUGAACAUUUUCUAAAGAUGAAACAGGCAUGUGGAAUGUGUUGUUCGCCUUCUGCCUGAAGCUUUGCUGCAUUGUAACUGCCAUUUGAGAGUAAGUCUAAUAUUUGUUCAGUCAGUUGAAGGAAGAGGGAGGGGAGGGGAGGGGUUGUUGUGUUCACAGUGAUUGCUAUCAUCGCAAUGUAAAUGAAGUAGCAGUAGGAUCUGGGAUGUAUUUUUGGUUCAUAAAUUAGUUGAGUUUAUAUUUAAAUCAUGUGUUAAUAUAUUGGAACUGAAUGAUUUUUAUUCCAAAAACACUAAUCUGCAGCUCCAGUUCAUAUUUGGACAGAUUGGAGUGAGACUGGUUAUGAUGACGUCUUAUUGUUUUUAAGCUGUAUAGCUUCUUUAACAUGUGUGGGACCAUUCGUCUUUAAAAGGAGAAGUUGCUGUUGUGGGUGUGAACAUCACGAUUAUUUAUCAUGUGCAAUUCAUGACGUUCUGAUUAAAAUGUGUAUUUUGAUAAAGAGUCUGCCUCACCACAUUUGUGUUUAGUAGAUCAGCUGUGUCAUGUACGGUGUGUGUGUGUGUGUGUGUGUGUGUGUGUGUUUUUUUUUUAAAUAAGGCAACACAACUCUGCAAGAAGGAAAAAUAAUACAGCUGAUGCUUUAUUUCACCUGUGAGUCAUCACACAUUAUUGAACAUGUACAAAAUGGUUUAAAAAUGAGCAUACAUAGCACAAACCACUGGUAGGCCAACAAUACAGAGCUUCAGUAUGAAAGGGUUGGAAGGCAGGUGACGGUCUGAUAUUUAGACUUGGAAAUAAUUGUCCAUUAUACUAACAUUAAAUCCACUUACCCUGAAUAUAUCACGAGUCACAACAACACUCGCUCUCAGCCCAGCACGCUGCCCGAACGAAAAAUCCCCAUAAUGCUCCUAUGCACCCCUCUCAGCACGCUGUCUACUAGUGUUUUAGAGGCCCAGUCAGCAUUAUGCUUCAUUUACAGGUAUAUUCACAUAUGUAAUUGAAUAGUUUGACAUGGAUGAAAAAUAAGCGUUUUUACAUUACUCAGUUGAUUAUAAUUUAAAAUAUAGGCCUGUUUACAAACACAAACCCAAACAAACCUUUAACAACAUCACCAAACUUUAAUAACUUGGAUUUCAUUGUGAUUUGAUAUCGGUUGAUGUACACCAUCAGGCCUAAUUGGCAAUUUGAGAGUGGCAACACGUUGGAAUUAAAGUGUUUUGAGGAUACUCGUUUUCUCGUUUAUGCACGGAGUGCACCUUUUUAAUCUCAUAUGAUAUCAAUAUAUAAUAUAUCUGUAAUGUUCUUGCAGCAAGUAUAGGGACUAUAGUAUAUUUGAAAAAAGAUGUUUUGGAUUUGUGACAUUGCUAUAGUUCAUUUCCGUUAGGGUGAUAUUAGUUAUACCAGCUAUAGUUCAUAUAAUAUACAUUUGUAAACUAGAUCACGCCCACCAAACUUUAAUUUUGAUACAGUAUAAAUAUUCAUUAUUUCGUGCGUCUUGCAGGGCGUCGGGCUACAUCCCGGCCACCUUUUUUUCACGGCGCUCCCCCUCAUUUACGGUCUGUGGAGCCGAGG